UAGCUACUGGAUGUUGUUGACUCAGUAUAGUAUGAACUCUACGAUCUUGUCAAAGAAGUUUAUAGGGAUUGAAUAAGACAUAUACGAUAGUGUUUGAGAUAAACACUUGUAGUAGUUUUCACAAAACAUUUUGAUAUCAAGCUUUUCUUCAGUUUCCUUUAACAAGCCCACCAAUGUGGCAAACUAACGGCGAAGACGGAGGAAAGAAUGUCGCAUCGUUCAAUUCCUUGCCUGAGGACUGCAUCUCCAACAUAAUAUCUUUCACCAGUCCUCUAGACGCGUGCGUAGUCGCUUCGGUUUCGAGACUCUUCGAAGCGGCGGCCAAGUCAGAUACCGUAUGGGAGAAAUUUCUUCCGCCGGAUUGUGAAUCUCUGGUUCCUGGAUCGCGGGAUUUCUCAUUGAAGAAGGAGCUCUAUUUCGCUCUUUGCGGCGAUCCGGUUCUAAUCGAUAAUGGAAAAAUGAGCUUCUGGUUAGAUAAAGCGAAUGGGAAGAAUUGUAUCAUGUUAUUAGCGGAUAACCUCAGUAUCAUAUGGGGAGAAAAUAUUGACCAUUGGCAUUGGAUUCGAAUUCCUGAAGCUAGGUUUGGAAAAGUAGCGGAGCUUGUCAGCGUAUGUUGGUUCAAGAUUUGUGGCAGAGUGAAUACUUGUGUCCUAUCUCCAGAAACUCGUUACUCGGCUUACAUUGUGUUCAAGAAAGAGGAUAACUGUUCUGGCUUUAAAGAUGUGGCCAUAGAAGCUGCAGUGGGAGUGGUGGGACAUGAACCUUCUAGAAGAUCCAUAUGCUUUGAUGAGCGGUUUUUUAGGGGAGAGAAGGGAAUUAGUAACCGAGUGAAACCAGAGAAGAGACGAGAUGGAUGGAUGGAGAUUGAGCUUGGGGAAUUCUUCACUGAAGGAGAAAUGUAUAGUGAUGAAAUUGAGAUAAGUGCUCUAGAGACUAAGUUGCUCAAUUGGAAGCGCGGCUUGAUCAUUCUAGGAAUUGAAAUCCGUCCUGCAAAAAUCUAAGUCAUUAAUGCCAAGAACAUUGGAUGAUUUUAUGCCAUGGGAGUGAAGAGGUAAUUUUCUGUUGAUAAAAAUGUGUAUUCAGUUGCGUUUGUUGUAAUGUUUGGUUUAGGUGGUGAAGAAUAACAACGUACUUUGCUAAAAGUUAAGCUCCAUCUUUGUUCGGUUCAGUGGAGGAUGUUGGUCUAUGUAAACCGGCUUCUUGCUGUGCAAGAACGGUUGGAUGAUUCCGGUUAUGUUUUGGUUCGAGUCUAAAAACUAUGUUGUCUUUGUGGAUUGUAAUGUUUCUGAAUUGGGAUUUUUAAUUUUGAUAUU